AUGGAGGAUAAUGGUCUUUUUGAGGCUGAUUCUUUGGGUUCUAAAUUCACUUGGACUAAUGGUCAGUUGGGAGGGAGAAGAAUUGUUAGUAAGCUGGAUCGUGCCAUUAUCAAUGAGCCUUGGUUAAAUAAGUUUUCGAAUUGGAGAAUUCAGAAGAUGUGGUUUACGCAUUCAGAUGUUAUGAGAAUGGUUGAAGCUUCUUGGAGUGCCCCGGUGUAUGGUAAUCCUGAUUUUGUUUUUCCCUUCAAGCUAAAGAGAUUGAAGGUGGCUAUGAAAGUGUGGAAUCAGCAGGUGUUUGGUAAUGUGAAUGCAAGGCUAAGUCAGGCUCAAUUGAGGAAUUCUGAUGAAGACCCAUUUGACACUUUCAAGCAAAAUGAGAUGAAGGAUGCGUUGGUGUUGGUUAAUGAAGCACGUAUGCAGCAACAUAUUAUGUUGAAGCAAAAAUCUCGAAAUAAAUGGAUUUUGGAGGGUUCAAGUAAUUCUUCUUAUUUUCAUAGUUCAAUUAAAACUCGUAGAAGUUCUAACACAAUUUCGGAGUUGGUGAAUGAGGAGGGGUGUAUUAUUAAUGAGCCGGACCAGUUAAGAGACCAUGUUGUUUCUUAUUAUGAAAACAAGUUCAAUGGAGUGGAUGAGCCGAUUGAGGAUAGUUUGUUUGG